AUGGAAUUCUCAUCUCCUAAUGCUUCACCGCGAGCGGCGGCGGACCUGUCGCUUACGUUGGCGCCGGCGCGCGAUGACGCCAGGGUCGUGGGCGGCAAGAACGUGCGGCUAUACCCUUGCCUUUUCUGCGACAAGAUGUUCCUCAAGUCGCAGGCGCUCGGUGGCCACCAGAACGCGCACAAGAAGGAGAGAAGCGCCUGGAACCCCUACGUCUACGAUGGCCACUACGCCGCCACGACAUUUUCGGUCGUCGAGAGAGCCAACAUCGUCGCCGCCAUGUCCAUUCCCACGCUGUCACACGGCGGCAGCACCUUGCGCGCUGAUCCUGCCAGUGGCCACGAUGAGGAUGACAGCGACGACGCGCCAAGCUUUCGAGCUCAAAUGCAUUCCGCUCAGGUGAGCAUCAGCCGGGAGAUGAGCCCGGUGGCUGAUGGUACGCCCGCUGGCCGUGAUCGCACGAUCGACAUGCUCAACUGGGCCAGGGCCUCUCGUGCUCGUGCCCGUGCCCUAACUGCCUCCGCCUACAUGGACAGCUGCACGGCUGCCACGGUGCCCUCGGUUGGCGCCGGCGAGGAGGAGGAGCUCGACCUCGAGUUGAGACUCUAA